CGAAUACGCACAACGAAAGAAUCUCUUACAAUAUGAAACCAAGAAGUCGAAAAAUAGAUUGAGAAUCAAUUCGUCUGCUGUUCAAAUAUUUACUGAAAUACUAACAUGAAAUACUAAAAAACUAAAACAGCAAUGGUCCGUUGGCUUGAAUGGAUGGCGGUAAUAGCAAAAAUUGAAAGGUUAAUUAAAGAGAAAAUGUAAGGUUUGGGGAGUAAUCAAAACGACUAGAGUUUUCUACUUUGCUUUGUUCUUAAGAUGAAUAAAUUAUUAUUAUCAUCAAAAGUUUCUUGUUCCUAAAAGUUUCGUGCAAGCUGAUAUGAAUAACUCUUAAAAACAAACCAAAGUUACUGCAGAACACUACUAGGAAACCCGCAAUUUCUCUUCUUUGAGAUAGAAUUUUGAAUUCUUUUUACGAUGAAAUUAUUUCAGGUUUUCUUCCUUUAGUUUAUCGAUUGUCUUCCAACAAUACCCGCUAAGAAUAUUUUUACCCACUACAUAGCAAAUAUAAUAAGUCACCAACUCGCUUUUACUGGGCUUGUUUAUAUAGUACGCCAUAGACUUUCUCUUUUAGAGACGAAAGUCUACCAUAAUUUACAAGUACGAGUGAGAGUAUAGAAUAUAUAAUUCUCUUAUUUCUUUUCCUUCCUUUAGUCCGUGAGAGUUCUGUUUUACUGCCGUUGGACAUUGACCGUUUGUCGCGACUUUUUGAGUUUUAUCUAAUUGCUUCUAUCGUCAAUCUUUAGUUUGUUUUAUUUUGGUCGAAUUUCAUCAGUAUGAAGCUAUAUAACUUUUCCCUAUGGCUCUUCGCUCUCAUGGCAGGCCUUGCGUCGGCUAGUGUUACGGAUUUCGAAUCUUUCAAAGAUACAUUUAAUAUUCAAGAACAUAUGGGCAGUCUAAGUAUCUACCAUGAGCCAUAUCUUGGUGGAUUAAGUUCAAGAUUUCCGGAAUCUUGUGAAAUUCGUCAACUUCAUGUUUUGCAACGCCAUGGUUCACGAAAUCCAACUGCGGGCGACAGUGUCACUAAUGCUGGUUACCUUUCUCAGGUUCAAGACCGUCUUCUCAAUGGAUCUCUCCCAAUAAACUAUACAGUUCCUGGUAACCCCUUUCAAUUUAUCAAGUCUUGGAUCCCAGUCAUCGAUACCAAUAACGCCGAUAAACUGUCCAGCAGUGGCCGUUUAGAAUUGUUUGAAAUGGGUCGUGAAAUUUUAUCUAGAUAUAGCACAUUGUUUGAUAGCGAUGUUUACGAAAUUAACACGGCUGCUCAAAACCGCGUCGUAGAGUCUGCCACUUGGUAUAGUUAUGGUAUGUUUGGAGAAGAAAUGAAAAACAAAUCGAAUUUCAUUUACGUCCCAGAAGACGAGUCAGCUGGAUCUGCCACUUUGUCUGAUUUCAAGGCUUGUCCUGUAUUUAAUGAAAAGCGUAUCGAUCAUGAAAAAACCAAACAUAUUCGUUCCCAAUGGGAAAAGAUCUUUUUAGCUCCCAUUAGAACCCGUCUUAAUCCUUAUUUUUUAAAUUACAGUCUUACAAACGAUGAUGUUCGAAGCUUUUUCUACUUAUGUGCCUUUGAAGUCGCUCUAAAGGAUGGAAGUGAUUUUUGUUCGCUUUUCACGUCUUCUGAGAUAAUCAAUUUUGAAUACGAUUAUGACCUGAAAUUCUCCUUUCAUGGCGGACCUGCCUCUAAAUGGUCAUCUAUAGUGGGUGGUGCUUAUGUUAAUAAUCUAGCUGAAUCUCUUCGUUCUGUUAAUAAUGAAACAAACAAUCAAAAAACAUUUUUUGCCUUUACCCAUGACACUCAUAUCUUUGCCGUUGAAGCUGCCCUUGGUUUCUUCCCUGACAUCACACCCGAAACUCCUCUACCGGCUACCAAAAAUCCCUAUACUUAUUCUGCUAAAACCUCUUCAUUCGUUCCUUUUGCUGGAAAUUUAAUUACUGAGCUUUUCCAAUGUCAAGAUCAGAAAUAUUACGUUCGACAUCUGGUUAACCAGCAAGUAUUUCCUUUGACUGACUGUGGUUAUGGUCCUUCUCAUUCCUCAGAUGGUAUGUGUGAGCUGUCUGCUUAUCUUAAUUCUCCCGUUCGGUUUAAUUCAACAAAUAACGGUACAAACAUUUUCAAUGCUGCAUGCAAGGCACAGCCUACCAAUCUUACAGUCCACUACUAGAAACGAAUCUAAUAUUUGAUACAUUAAAUUAAUAUUAAUAUUCUUAACCAAACCAGAACCUAUACUUUUUGAGAUGAACAGUGUAUGCCUAGUACUAUUCAACUCGCCAGACAGUGAACCAAAAAACCCCAUUUUAUGUUACGUAAGAAAUAACCCUUUUUAAGCUGCAAUUUCCGCCAAAGCACCA